AUGCCCGACCAUACCAUCCACGUCGUGAACCACUCCGGCCGCAAACAGAAAUAUGUCAUUAUUCCCGCUCCACCCAUGAUGACCCUCGGAAGCAACAAUAAGCACGAAGGGGGAUGUCUUGUCUGGCACGCAAAGGAACUCGACACCGAACAGACGUGGGAUACAUCAACCACGUAUCAACUAUACGGAUGGGUUGGGACUACCGCUGAGAAACCCGGGUUUGGCGUGAAGGUAACAUCGAUAGAUGUGAAAGACGCUGAUCCCGCGACUCCCACGACGCCUGCAAGUACUUUUGGCCUCACGAAAAACGAAACAGGCGACCCAGUCAUGACGGUGAAAGAGAAAACAGCACCAAUGGACAUGGUCCGGUUUGAUUUCGGUGGUGACCUUUCUCCAUCGGAUGGGAAAUACAUUGUGUAUGGAAUGGCCAAGGGCAACAGGUUGCCCGAUGGAAAUGUUGGCACGAGGCCUUUUGCUUAUUAUCCGGCUCCCACUGAUGCCAUUGCAAUUCAAUUUGCCGUCAUGGCGCCCGUAAUCCAACUUUGGGUUUGUGCAUAUGACGCCGAAGAAGGUGAGAUAGUGGAUUUUACCAACGCGAUCCAGCAUGCGGGCAUGCUUCGAUUUUUGAAUACCGAUGGCGCGGUGCUCGCCAAUGUAGAACAUAGGAAGGAUGGGACUUUUGAGAUCACCUAUUCAUAA